AUGCAACCAAAAGUUCACCCCUUCUUCGAGCACAAGACUUGUUCCUGGCAGUAUGUGGUAGCCUGUCCUCAAAGAAAAGAGGCGGCCAUCAUCGACCCAGUCCUGAACUACGACCCCGAAAACUUCAUCAUCACAUCCGAAUCUGCAGAUGAACUCAUCGGAUAUGUUGUGAAAAUUGGAUACACAGUCACCAUGUUGCUAAAGACCCAUAUCCACGAAGGACAUAUCUCUGCUGCCUACUAUAUCCAGCAUAGUCUCUGGUCCCUCGGACAGCCCCACGCCCUAUCUGCAUCGGCUCACUUCGCACACAAGUUUCACAUCCCGAACGAAGAAAUCGACCACGCUUUUGACCAUCUCUUCGAGCCCGAUGAAAUAUUCAAAAUUGGCGACGUCAUCUGCAUCGCCCUCUCAGGACAUCCUCCGGACCAUGAAGUCUACAAGAUCGGGGACAGCAUCUUCAUGGGAGACACUAUGUUCAAUCCUGACGUUCGCAGUGUCCGAUGUGACUUCCCGGGUAGCGAUGCUCGGGAACAUUUCCGCUCGAUGAAACGCAUCCUAUCUUUCCCACCGGAAACAAAAUUAUACACGGCGCAUGGCUAUUUUUCUUCGGACGAGGAUACGGCACAGGACCUAGUGCCGUAUGUUAUGAUCGGCGAGCAAGAGAGGAAAAACAAGCACGUCACGGAUGAAUUGGUAGAGGAUCAUUUUGUGAAAUGGAGGACUGAACGGGACAAGGUGAUACCCGAGCGUGGGCUUACGCACCAGGCUCCACAGGUCAACGUGCUGGGAGGCAGGAUGCCAGACAAGUCGCACGAUGGAAAAGGAUAUCUGCUAUAUGUCAUUUGA